AUGAGGAACGGUUUUGCAAGCACAGUGAGUUCGUUUGCAAAGUUCGUGGGAGCACACACCUCUUGCCGCUUUGCCCAAAGACAAGCAGGUGCAUUCCUGUUUGGAUAUCCAUCAGUUAAUUUAGAAGGCAAGAAGGAAUGCCUGCCCCAACAGCAGUGCAGUUUAUCAGCUCCUGAUUCCCCGCAGUGUCCCCUGAGCCGCAGCCCCACCGCGUGCAGCUGGGGCGCAGUCAGCUGGUGCUCUGCUCUCCCGCAGCGGGCGCCGCCAGUCUCUGCUGCCCUGGUGGUGCGUUACGCGCCCACAGAUGGAGGAGUCAAAUCUCUCGGUGAUUUGGAGCUGUGGAGCGAGCUCUGCCUGACCUCGCACUGGGAUGGGGACCGGGCGGGGUCCGCAGCCCACGGCCGCAGCAGCGCCCCCUGGCGGCGGCAGGCAGUGUGUGACGCCGUGCGGCCGCUGCCCGUGCGCGGCUGUUCAACGCUCGGCGUCGUAAGGCAACGGCGCGGCCCCGGGACGCUGCUGCAACCAUGGGCUCCCGGCAGCCCGGUCCAAGUGACAAACAGAAGUUGGCAAAGAAAACAGGACUUGCUACCACAGUUGUCUCAGACAGGGUCUAAACCACUGUGGCAGCAGAGUUGUCCUUCAUUCCAUCUGAGGAAAGAACAGAAAUAUAGGAAGUCAGAUGCAUUUGCUGUAAAAAAUAAGUAUUCACCUGUGGAAUCUUUGAACGUGAACUGCAAGAGGCGCAAACCAGCGUAUUCUAGAGAUAAUGGAGCAGGUGCCAGACCACCAGCUUCUACAUUGCAGAGCAGCAGCCGUCUGAAAAAAAAACAUGAAAGAUUCAGAAGUGCUCUUGUUAACAUUCUAUUACACCAAGACGAUACUGAAGAAUGGCUUCCAGCCCUUGAAGGAACCCAGCUUCCAAGAGCAGAUUCUUCCACACCAGGAGAGAAAGAUGAUAAAAAGAAAUAUUGGUAUUACAUUCACCAUGGAAUUGAUACAACAAAUCUGGGCGGAAUGGAUGAAUCAUGGCUAGACAACAUCUUAGCUUUAAUUCCACAACAUCUGAAAGUGCUUAAUGAAAGUAUAUUUGAACUGAGUGAUGAAGUGAAAGAUUAUCUUCUGAGCGUAAAAAUGGCUAUAGUUGACUUUGUUUUAAGAGACCCCAGGGAAAAAGAUGGAGACAAGAAGAAAGAUUUUAUGCUACUUCAUCAUGCAGGACUAGAAAUAGUGCCAAAACAUUGGAACCAGUCUUUCUUGUCAGCAUGCAGUUACCUGAAAGGAAAUUUGCAUGCAAUAAAUCCUUCCAUGCUUGCUGUUCAGAACUUAUGGGAGACCUCAUUUAAAAAUCUACGCCUUGUUGAUACAGAAAUGUUUCACAAUAAACAAGAAGCAGAGGAACUCUCAUUUUUCAACAAUAAAGUCAUGAAGGAAAUUGGAAAAUCAAAAGCAAUUCUAUCUAAGAAGUGGUUUACAAAAGUGCAUAAGGUCUUUUACCACGGUAGUAUACGAAACCAAGUACCCAUCAAUGCCAAGAUCACUGAAUUAGAGUCUUUCUUCAAUUGUGCUGCCACUUUAAUGACUCGUCAGUUGCAACAUUUGCUUUUACAUUCAAUUCAAGACUUCACAGAUUUAAUUGUUCAGCCUACAGUAAGUAUCCAAGCCUACAGACACCCAGGUUUGAUCCUGAGACUAAUCCUGGAGAAUGGCAGUAUUAAAUUUGAACCUGACUUUAAUGACUAUGAGGAUGUGUUAAUGAAUGUUUAUAAUGUUAUGAUUCAAGCUGUCAGUCAUAUACCAAGAGUUGAGACUAAAUUAUUUUCUGAGUGGUAUUUCCGUCUAGGAAUGUUUGAACUGCAUUGUGAUGAAUUAAUAAGUGCUUUGGUAAAGCGAGCAGAUAAUAUUUGUGAAAAAGUUAUUUCCAAAAUGUUCAAAGACCUCCAAGACACAAAUAUGAGACUAUGUGAUGAGUUUGAGAGAAUAAAAGAAAAAGUUCUUACUAUUCCAUCUAAUACACAGGAACUAAUGGAACUUAAGGCUUGUAUGCAGAAAGUGGAAACAUGUGCCAUGGUUGAAUUGAAGCAGAAAUUAGUCAAUGCUGUAAACUGUAUUGCUUUCCUGACAGAAUAUGUCAACUUUUCACCAGCAGACAUUCGACUGAACAGUAAUGUUUUUCACUGGCAUGCAUGAAUGCCAGAUAUCUUUGAAGAGAACAGGAAGAUUAUUCAAGAAAAAACAGAUCAAUUUCAAGAGGAUCUUAAGAUAUGCUGUGAAAAAAUUGCUGAGGAACUGAGAAACUGCUCUAAGCAGGUUGAAAAACUUACGACAUUUGGAGAUAUUGAAGAAGUCAACAGGUAUUUGAAGAAAGCUCACGGCCUGAAUAGAAAAUUGGAUCUUGCUGCUGAUAAGAUGAAUCAGCUUCAUUCAGAAGAAGAGUCUUUUGGAUGGCCAAUGUCGCAGUACCCUCAGCAUAAAACCGUGUGGAAUACUCUUGCUCCGUAUCUUCGUCUCUGUGAUAUGACUGUUGAAUUCAACAGAAAACGCAAACACUGGACAGAGGGACCGUUUACAGAAGUGAAUCCAAAUGAAGUAGAAGUAGAUGUAGGAAACUACUGGCAUGGACUUUAUAAACUUGAAAAAGCCUCUGACAAUUCUCCAAAUGCGUUAGCAAUAACAAGACAGAUUAAAUUGAAAGUAGAGGUAUUCAGAUCCCACAUUCCUCUAAUCCAGGUGAUUUGCAAUCCUGGUUUGCAAGACAGGCACUGGGAAAAGAUGUCAAAAGUCGCUGGGUUACCACUGGCUCCUUCUGAAGACUCAAAUGUCUUGCAAUAUAUUAACUUGAAUCUUGAACCGUUCCUAGAAAUGUUUGAGACCAUCAGUGAAACAGCCAGCAAAGAAUAUUCACUUGAGAAAGCUUUAACAAAAAUGAUUUCUGAAUGGGAUCAAAUGGAGUUUACUCUUCUUGCCUAUAGAGAGACUGGAACACAUAUUUUGUCAUCUGUAGAUGAUAUUCAGAUGUUAUUGGAUGACCACAUUGUCAAAACUGAGACCAUGAGAGGAUCUCCAUUCAUUAGGCAUAAUGAAAAGAGAAUAAGGGAAUGGGAAGGAAAGCUGUUGUUAGUACAGGACAUCCUGGAUGAAUGGCUGAAGGUUCAGGCUACUUGGCUUUAUUUGGAGCCAAUUUUCAGUUCUCCUGACAUCAUGGCUCAGAUGCCUGAGGAAGGUAGAUGAUUCGGUACUGUGUUUAAAAUAUGGAAAGAUUUAAUGAAAUCAGUUUUUCAGGACAAACAUGUGCUGAAGAUAAUAGUAAUAGACAAGAUGCUGGAAAAACUGAGGAAGUGCAAUGAAUUUCUGGAGCUAAUUCUGAAGGGACUUAAUGAAUACCUAGAGAAGAAGCGCCUAUUUUUCCCCAGAUUCUUUUUUUUAUCUAAUGAUUAACUCCUUGGGAUUCUUUCAGAGACCAAAGAUCCUACUCGUAAUAAAGGAGAUACUCAGUUUCCUGGGGAAAGAAAUAAGGCUUCUACCUACUGCCCCAUUUAUCCUCAAUUGGCACUAGAGAAUUUUUUGGAACAGAAUAAUAGACAGAUUGAGGACAUUGUCACCUUGGUGCGAGGAAAGCCAUCUCAGCAGAAUCGAGUGACUCUAGGAGCACUUGUUGUGCUUGAUGUUCAUGCUAGGGAUGUUCUUGCAUCUCUAGUAAGCAAGAAAGUCAAAGAUGAGAAUGACUUUGAAUGGUUAAGUCAGCUUAGGUACUACUGGGAGGAAGGGCAUCUACAAACAAAGAUGAUCAGUGCUGGGCUGAGAUAUGGAUACGAAUAUCUCGGCAAUACCCCUAGGCUGGUUAUUACUCUACUUACAGACAGGUGCUACAGAACGCUAUUUGGUGCACUACACCUACAUCUUGGAGGUGCCCCUGAAGGUCCUGCUGGAACUGGAAAAACAGAAACUACAAAAGACUUAGCAAAGGCUGUCGCUAAACAGUGUGUGGUUUUCAGUUGUUCCGAUGGACUGGAUUACCUUGCAUUAGGAAAAUUUUUCAAGGGUUUGUUGUCUUCUGGGGCAUGGGCUUGCUUUGAUGAAUUCAACAGGAUUGAUUUAGAAAUACUCUCUGUGGUUGCUCAGCAGAUUUUUACUAUCCAAAGAGGCAUUAAUUCAGGAUCAAAUUUAAUAGUAUUUGAAGGAACUGAACUGAAACUGAACCCUACGUGUGCUGUCUUCAUUACUAUGAAUCCUGGUUAUGCUGGGCGUUCUGAGCUUCCUGAUAAUCUUAAGGCUCUCUUUAGAACUGUAGCGAUGAUGGCUCCUGAUUAUGCCAUGAUAGCAGAGAUUGUUUUGUAUUCUUGUGGUUUUGUUACUGCUCGACCUUUGUCUGUAAAAACUGUAGCUACGUAUCGUCUGUGUUCAGAACAGUUGUCUUCUCAGCACCAUUAUGAUUAUGGAAUGAGAGCUGUCAAGUCAGUACUCACCGCUGCUGGCAACCUGAAGCUGAAAUAUCGAGAGGAAGAUGAAGAAGUUUUGCUCUUGAGGUCUGUUACAGAUGUCAACCUGUCUAAGUUCUUGUCUCAUGAUUUACCACUUUUGGAGGGAAACACCCGGUAUUCUGAUUUGUUUCCUGGUGUGAAGCUACAAAACAGGGACCUAUUGGAAGCCAUCAAAACAAACUGUGAUACUAUGAACUUGCAAAUGACCGAUGUGUUUACUAUGAAGAUCCUGCAGAUAUAUGAGAUGAUGAUUGUGCGUCAUAGAUUUAUGAUAGUUGGAGAGCCUUUUGGGGGAAAAACAUGUGCAUAUCGAGUUCUGGCAGGAGCAUUGGGAGACCUAUGUGAGAAGGGUCUUCAGGAAGAAAACAAAGUUCAGAUCACUAUUUUAAAUCCCAAAUCCAUAACAAUGGGUCAGCUAUAUGGACAAUUCGAUCCAGUGUCACAUGAAUGGUCAGAUGGGAUUUUAGCAGUUAGCUUCAGAGCAUUUGCUUCUUCCCCAACUCCAGAUAGGAAAUGGCUCAUUUUUUAUGGACCAGUGGAUGCCGUGUGGAUUGAGAAUAUGAACAUGGUGCUUGAUGGUAAUAAAAAGUUAUGCCUUAUGAGUGGAGAGAUCAUCCAAAUGUCACCGCAGAUGAGCCUUAUUUUUGAACCAAUGGAUUUAGAAGUUGCUUCUCCAGCUACUGUUUCAAGGUGUGGUAUGGUCUAUAUGGAGCCCCAUAUGUUAGGCUGGAGACCAUUAAUGAUGUCAUGGCUAAACAGAAUGCAUUCAGGAAUCAGCUCUGUGCAAAAAGAAUUUAUAACAGGCCUGUUUGACAGAAUGGUUCCACUCUGUCUUGAGUUUAUUAGGAAAUACACAAAGGAGCUGUCUCCUACUUCAGAUACAAACUUAAUUCAAUCACUAAUGAAUCUGAUGGACUGCAUGGUGGACGAAUUUGCUGAUGAAGCCAACGUUAGAGCUAUGAAUGACCAUGACAUUUUCUCUUGGCUUGAGGGUAUUUUUUUAUUUUCACUGACAUGGUCUGUAGGAGCUAGCUGUAAGGAAGCUGAUCGAGUGAAAUUUGACAGAGUUGUGCGAGAAAUAAUUAAUGGGCCAAUUAGUGAGGAGACGAGAGAACAAUACAAAUUGUUGAGCUGUAUUGAUCAAGAACCUUCAAAAGCUUUCACAGUCCCGUUUCCAAUAGAGGGAACAAUUUAUGAUUAUCAGUUUGCCAAAAAGGGAGCAAGAAUUUGGGAACCCUGGGUGGAAACACUUAAAUCAGCUCCUCCUAUACCCCAAGAUAUGAUGUUUAAUGAAAUAAUUGUACCGACUCGGGAUACUCUUCACUACAUGGCAUUGAUGGAAUUGUUGACAGUGCAUCAAAAACCUUCUAUAUUUGUGGGGCCAACAGGAACUGGAAAAAGUACCUGUGUUACUAAUUUUAUUUUAAAAAAAUUGAAUAAAGAAGUCUACAAGCCACUGCUCAUUAACUUUUCAGCACAAACUACAGCAGCUCAGACUCAGAAUAUUAUUAUGUCCAAGCUGGACAAAAGGAGAAAAGGAAUUUUUGGGCCUCCUCUUGGGAAAAAAAUGAUUGUAUUUAUAGAUGACGUUAAUAUGCCAGCACGAGAGGUGUGUGGUGCUCAGCCGCCUGUUGAAUUACUACGACAGUGGUUAGAUCACUGGAAUUGGUAUGACCUUAAAGACUGCUCAGUGAUUAAACUUGUAGAUGUUCAGAUUACGUGUGCAAUGAGACCACCAGGUGGUGGUUGAAAUCCAGUAACACCACGAUUCUUGCGACACUUCAAUACAGUUACUAUUAAUGAGUUUGAUGAUGAAUCCAUGUACACAAUUUUUUCUAGAAUCUUAGACUGGCAUCUAACAGUAUGUUAUAGCUUUCCAUCACAGUAUGCGGAACUGACUCCACAAAUUAUUAAUGGAACCAUGCAUAUAUAUAAAGAAGCUAUGAAGAAUCUGCUUCCUACCCCAGCCAAGUCUCACUAUUUGUUCAAUCUCCGUGAUUUUUCACGUGUUAUUCAAGGUGUUUGCCUGUCAAGGCCUGACACAACAGAAUCUACAGGAACGAUAAUACGUCUCUGGGUUCAUGAGGUUCUUAGAGUGUAUUAUGAUCGUUUGGUGGAUGAUCCUGACCGGGCUUGGCUUGUUGGAUUUAUCCAAGAAGUAGUGAAAAAUGACUUACAUGAAGACUUUCAUGAACUUUUCCAGAAUGUAGACUUCAACAGUGAUGGCAGAGUGGAAGAAAAUGACUUACGUAGCUUAAUGUUUUGUGAUUUUCAUGUCCUUAAGAGAAAGGACACUAAAUACAGGGAGAUUAGUGAUGUGGAUCAAUUGAGAUUAGUUGCAGAGAGUCACCUUGAAGAAUUUAAUGACCUUAGCAAAAAGCCAAUGCAGCUUGUCAUAUUCCGAUUUGCUAUAGAACAUAUUUGUAGAAUUUCUCGUAUUCUGAAACAAUCUCAUUGCCAUGCCCUCCUUGUUGGUGUUGGAGGUAGUGGUCGACAGUCUCUUACUCGAUUAGCAGCCCAUAUGGCUGAAUACAACCUUUUUCAGGUUGAAAUAACUAAAAGUUAUGAUAUAAGUGAGUGGCAUAGAGACUUAAAAGUCAUACUAAGAAAAUCUGCUGAGGGGGAAAGGCAGGGAGUUUUCUUGUUCACAGAUACACAGAUUAAAAAUGAGUCAUUCUUAGAAGAUAUUAGCAAUUUAUUAACUGUAGGUGAAGUGCCCAGCCUCUUUGCAGUAGAUGAGAAACAAGAAAUUUGUGAACAAAUGCGUCAAAUAGAUCGCCAACGAGAGAGAACAAAACAGACAGAUGGUAGUCCUAUAGCUCUUUUUAACAUGUUUGUUGAUCAGUGUCGAGAUCAGCUUCAUAUAGUACUGGCAAUGAGUCCUGUUGGAGAUGCUUUCUGUAAUCGUCUGCGCAAAUUUCCAACUCUAGUCAACUGCUGCACACUGGACUGGUUUCAGACGUGGCCCGAAGAUGCAUUAGAAGCUGUUGCCUCUUACUUCUUGGAAGAUGUUGAAAUGUCAGAAGGAACUCGACGUGGGUGUAUUGAUACGUGUAAAAGCUUUUGUAUGUCUACCAUUGCAUUAUCUGACUUAUACCGUGCAGAGCUUCAAAGGCACAACCAUGUUACGCCUACUUCAUACUUGGAAUUGAUCUGCACUUUUAAAACUCUGCUGGAAAAACGCGUUAAGAUGAUGAAAAUGAAAAGAAGAUACGAAGUUGGCUUGGAGGAACUGAACUCUGCUGCAUCUCAAGUAGCCUUGAUGCAGUCUGAACUGGAGGCUCUGCAACCUCAGUUACAAGAAGCUAGCAAGCAGGUGGAUGAGAUGAUGGUCGUUAUUCAAAAGGAAUCUUUGGAAGUAGCCAAAACUGAAAAAGUCCUGAAAGCUGAUGAAGCUGUGGCAAAUGAGCAGGCUAUGGCUGCAAAAGCCAUCAAAGAUGAAUGCGAUGCUGACUUAGCAGAAGCCAUGCCUUGUUUAGAAAGUGCUCUGGCUGCCCUUGACACUCUGACUGCACAUGAUAUUACAGUGAUGAAGUCUAUGAAGAGUCCUCCUGCUGGUGUCAAACUUGUAAUGGAAGCUGUAUGCAUCCUUAAAUCCAUCAAACCAGAUAGGAUUCCAGAUCCAGUGCAACCUGGAAAAAGAAUUCUUAGUUUCUGGGGCCCUGCUAAGAGACUUCUGAGUGACAUAAGAUUUCUUCAGUCUCUUCGUGAAUACGACAAGGAUAACAUUCCCUCAGCUUUCAUGGCUACCAUAAGAAAGCAGUAUCUAACAAAUCCUGAGUUUGUAUCAGAGAAGAUUCGAAAUGCUUCAACAGCAGCAGAGGGUCUGUGCAAAUGGGUCAGAGCAAUGUAGUUUUAUGAUACAGUGUCAAAAAAUGUUGCACCCAAAAAGGAGAAGCUGAAUCAAGCUGAAGGAGAAUUAAAGAUUGCUAUGGAUAGUCUAAGGAAGAAACAAGCAGACCUGAAGGAGGUUCAAGAUAAAUUGGCUGUACUCCAGCAGACACUGGAUUCCAAGAAAUGGGAGAAGGCUGACUUAGAAAAUCAGAUUGACUUAUGCAGCAAAAAACUACAGCGAGCAGAACAAUUGAUUGGUGGCCUUGGUGGUGAGAAAAUCCGCUGGCAUGAGACUGCUUUGAAGCUGGGAGUACAGUACACCAAUUUGACUGGAGAUAUACUUAUUUCAUCAGGAAUUGUAGCUUACCUAGGAGCCUUUACAUCCAGCUACAGACAAAUGCAAAUUAAAGAGUGGGCCUUGCUAUGUAAAACAAAAGACAUUCCUUGUUCUGAUGAUUUUUCCCUAACAAAUACUCUGGGAGAGACAGUGGAAAUUAGAGCUUGGAAUAUUGCUGGACUACCUUCUGACGUCUUUUGUAUUUUUCUAUUCGGUAAUGCAAGAAGAUGGCCUCUGAUGAUAGAUCCUCAGGGUCAGGCAAAUAAAUGGAUAAAGAACAUGGAAAAAGCCAAUAGUUUGCAUAUAAUCAAACUCAGCGACUCUCAGUUUGUUACAACACUGGAAAACUGCAUUCAGUUUGGCAGCUCUGUGCUACUGGAGAACAUUGGAGAAGAACUUGAUCCUAUCCUAGAGCCACUUUUGCUCAAACAGACAUUUAAGCAGGCAGGGAGUAUAUGCAUUUGCCUUGGAGACUCCACUAUCGAGUAUGCUCCUGAAUUCUGCUUUUAUAUGACAACUAAGCUGAGAAAUCCACAUUAUCUUCCAGAAACAUCUGUUAAGGUGAUGUUGUUGAACUUCAUGAUAACUCCAGAGGGAAUGCAGGAUCAGCUUCUUGGAAUUGUAGUUGCAAGAGAAAAGCCAGAACUUGAAGAAGAAAAACAAGCACUCAUCCUUCAAGAUUCUCAAAAUAAAAGGCAACUAAAAGAAAUAGAAGAUAAGAUUUUGGAAGUCCUUUCAGCCUCAGAAGGAAAUGUUUUGGAGGAUGAAACUGCUAUUAAGAUAUUGUCUUCUUCCAAAGUCCUGGCUAAUGAGAUUUUUGAAAAACAAACUGUAGCUGAAGAGACAGAAAAGAAGAUUGAUGCUGCUCGUAUGGGCUAUCGUCCUAUUGCUAUCCAUUAGUGAAUCUUGUUUUUUUCUAUUUCUGAUCUAGCCAACAUUAAGCAGAUGUACCAGUAUUCACUCGUGUGGUUUAUUAACCUUUUCAUCAUGUCUAUAAAUAAUUCAGAGCAAUCAGAUGUUUUACAAACAAGGCUGAAGACUCUCAAGGAUCAUUUUACUUACUCACUUUAUGUCAAUGUCUGUCGCUCCCUCUUUGAAAAGGACAAGUUGCUCUUCUCUUUUUGUCUAACUGUGAAUCUCCUGAAAUAUGAAGGAUUGAUUGAUGAGAAUGAGUGGAAAUUUCUGUUGACUGGAGGCAUAGGUUUGGACAAUCCCUAUCCUAAUCCGUGUACCUGGCUUCCUUCAAAGUCAUGGGAUGAAAUCUGUCGACUAGAAGGUUUGCCAUGCUUCACAAACAUUCGUACAGAUUUUACUUGACUGAAGAGUGGAUGGAAAUUGGUAUAUGACAGCUUGGAUGCCCAGCAUCAGGAUUUUCCUGCAGAGUGGAAAGAUAAGUUGGGGGAGUUCCAAAGGAUGCUUAUCAUUCUCUGCCUGAGACCUGACAAAAUAAUACCAAUGGUGCAGGAAUUUAUCAUUCAUAACCUGGGACGUCAGUUUAUUGAGCCACCUCCUUUUGAUUUGUCAAAGGCAUUUUCUGAUAGUAAUUCUUGUGCCCCACUGAUAUUUAUUCUUUCUCCUGGUGCCGACCCCAUGGCAGCCCUUGUGAAGUUCGCUGAUGAUCAGGGAUAUGGUGCUACAAAGCUUAGUUCUCUGUCCCUUGGUCAAGGCCAAGGCCCGAUAGCCAUGAAAAUGAUAGAGAAGGCAGUAAAGGAAGGCACAUGGAUAGUUCUGCAAAAUUGCCAUCUAGCAAGUUCGUGGAUGCCAACACUGGAAAGAGUCUGUGAGGUUUGCAAGGAGGUACUAGUGCAUAUUUAUUUUCCUUUUUCCUCAUUACAAAUCAUUACAAAUGUAGAUUACAAAUUUGAUCCAAGUGGCCUUUAUUUUGCCUCUCCUGAAGGAGAUUACCAAAGCUAUAUUGAAUAUACCAGGACACUCCCACUGAAUCCUUCCCCAGAGAUAUUUGGAAUGAACACAAACGCUGAUAUUACCAAGGAUCAGUCAGAAACACAGCUGUUAUUUGAUAACAUUCUCCUUACACAGGCAUCUGGUGGUGGUGCAAAAUCCACUGAUGAGGUUGUUUAUGAAGUCACAGGUGACAGCCUGAGCAAACUUCCUCCAGAUUUUGACACUGAAGCAGCAAUGAGAAGAUACCCAACCACUUACACUCAAAGUAUGAAUACUAUGCUUGUCCAAGAGAUGGAACGCUUUAACACUAUAAGGGACUCCUGUAUUAACAUUCAGAAAGCAAUAAAGGGUCUAGUAGUGAUGUCUGCUGAACUGGAAGAAGUGGUAAACAGCAUCUUGAAAGGCAAAAUUCCAGCACUAUGGAUGACUAAGUCUUACCCAAGCCUCAAGCCUCUGGGCAGCUAUGUGGCAGACUUCCUUAACAGACUGAAGUUCUUACAGCUGUGGCAUGAAAAUGGACCUCCACCAGUUGUCUGGAUUUCAGGAUUCUUCUUCAUGCAAGCGUUCUUAACUGGUGCCCAGCAGAACUAUGCCAGAAAAUACACCAUUCCAAUAGACCUACUAGACUUUGACUACGAAGUGCUGGAAGAUAAGGAAUAUGAAAAUGCUCCUGAAGAUGGGGUCUACAUUCGAGGAUUGUUCUUGGAUGGAGCACGCUGGAACAGGCAAACUAAGCAGCUAGGAGAAUCUCAUCCCAAAAUCCUCUAUGAUACAGUACCUGUGAUAUGGCUAAAGCCGUGUAAAAGAGCAGACAUUCCACAACGACCAAGUUACCUGGCACCAGUGUACAAGACCGGUGAGAGAAGAGGGGUCCUGUCAGUUACUGGCCAUUCCACCAACUUUGUCAUCGCAAUUACUCUCCCUUCAGACAAACCCCAGGAUCACUGGAUCAGGCGAGGUGUGGCGUUAUUAUGUCAGUUUAACUCGGUAAGUUACCAGAAUUUAUGGAGGUAAGUGCAUUUUCCCUAUCACCUGCAAGGGAUGUAUGUCAUCCUGAAAUGCUAUGUAAAAAGGAAAAUUGAAAUUAAUGUUUUUACCAUGUUGUAUCUGUGCCUUUAAGGGGAUCUGAAACAAAAUACUAAAGUACAAAGAUAAAUAAAACUUUGUAAAACCCAACAAAAAUAUCUGCUUCUUGAAUAAUUUUAUUUUCUGAAGGCUCCUUAUUUAUAAGGAACAUACAUAAAAUGAACACAACACUGUUGACAAUGAACAAAACAGCAUUUGAUCAUUUCCAGCUUUAUAAAAUUUUAAAAAAUGAUUUAGUUAUAACAAAAAGACUGAUAGCUCAGCAAGUUAUCUGAUAGGACCAUAAACACAUUUUAAACCAUAGACUCAACUGUUAAUGGGAGGGGAAAGGAAAAAAAAAAAAGUAAAAAACAAAACCAAAAAUCACACUGCAUCUAGCAACUACGGUAUUUCUCUAAGCAUAAUCACAGCGGAUUGAGUGCAAUGUGAUCUACAUCAAAAUUCAUAUGGGAUGUCACACAGUGACAGCAUUGUAAUGUACAAGUAACACUUAUGCCCUCCAACAAAUACAAGUUAAAUGAGACUCUGGAUUCAAGCAGAACGGAAUGUAGAAGCCAAGUAGAAAUGUAGUGGAAUUCAGAUUGUCUGUAACAGGACUCAAAAGUGUACAUUGGAAUCAUUUGGAAUUCAGUACUGGUGGAAACAUAGAGAAGAAAUCACAGCUGUUACACUGCUCUUCAUAACUUGUAAUAAAUACUAGAAAACAAAAGGAAACAACCCAUAUUUAAUGAAAAAUACAAGUACCUACCUUCAAGGACCAUUUUUUCCCUUCUCUAAAGAUGGUCUUGGAAGGAAGUUAACUAUUUUCCUACAGAGGCAGUGUUAUAACCUAUAACCAUACUCCAGCUAAUGCAAAAGUAAAUAUACUACCCAAAAUAGAGAAAUCUUCAUUUGAAAAGAAUUAAAAGAAAUAAAUUUUAAAAAAUUAUUUGACAAAAUAUCUGUUCGACCACAUAAUUCUCUUGAGUACAAGGGAGUUGUUAACAGAAAAGGGAAAUUAAGGGUCAGUUUAAUACAUAUGAAACACAGGCUGUUAAAUUUAACUCACUUGAAUACCUUCUGAGGAUCUAAGUCUCUUUGAGAAUGGUACUCAAUGACCUAAUAUGAACACUAUGAACAAAUGUCACCCAGGAUCUCUACACUGCAGAAAUUCAGUAAUCUGAAGCUAACAACAGUGUCUAAUUAAGGUCCAGCAGUAAACAUAUGUAAAGAGGAGAAAAGAAAACCUGAGUUCUGAGCAUCAAAUGGCUGCAUGCUCGAACUCUGAGCUUUUGGCUUCUUCACUGAAGAAACUGCACCCUUCUUCGCAAUGGACCCUUAAUACUGUUUCUUGAAUAGGAAAAAAUACUGGCAAGAACCAUCUGAUAUCUUUAAAAUACAUGAGCUGCUCUGAGUAAAAACUGAAUUGACCAAUGAACCUUCUAAAAACUAAAGGGCCACAGAAGACACACAGUAAGUUGAAAUGGAAUGAAGAUACCAACUGGCUCUCAUUAAAGGCGUUAGGAUCGGUGGUUUUAGCAGCUACACUGGCACCAAGCAGACCGAAACAAAACUUACGGCACAUAGUCAAAAUACAGCUUUUACCUGGCAUACACAUAAAAGCAGACAAACUGUAUGUCUUAAAAAAGGCUACUACCAUGCUUAGGACUGGUACUACAGAAUCAACUUGCACUCCUCACAAACUCAUAUUUUUUUUAAGGAGAUGGGUACAAGAAGAACUAACUCAUAUCUGGCAAUAUAAGCACAUCAGCACAAUCCAAUCUAGGACAGCUGAUCCCAGCAAGUUAAGGCCCAAAUUGUCAGUCUAUCCUUCCAAAUUACACAUACCACGAAUCUAUCACAUCUGCUUUUUAAUAAUCUAAUUUAAAUACCAAAAUUGUAAAAAAAUAUCAUAGAAAUGAACAUCUUUAUGCUGGAAGUAGAAAUCUUCUUACAUACUCUCUACUGCCAGAAGUGGCUGGUGCUACAAUGUCUGAUAUCAAGGCGUUGUAGAAAUAGAUUUUGAUCUGAUAUUACAGUAUUGUAAAUAAACUACCAGUACUACAUACAUAGAGCAUAAUUUAACCCUUGUGCCCAGGUUCAGUAACGAGCAUCUUGCACUUUGGAUUGUUUUAACAUGAAGAAGAGAAAACAUUCCAAAAUAAUCGUUUAAAAAAAAAGGAGAAAUUCCCAUAUGGAUUCUCUGUUGAAAGAGUUUGCACAAAUUCACAGCCACAAUUCUUCAGUAGUUUAUGCUGCAAGUGGCACACAAUACAUAUGUAGCAUCUGUAUAAAAGAACCAGAAAUAGCUCAAUAAUUCCGACAUCAGGGAUUUCCCCAAGCUAACACUAAUUCUACUGCAUUUUGCAUUUUCCUACUAAUAUCAAGGAACAAACAUCAAAUAAAUCUUAGUCAGGAAAACAUUGUCAAACCGUUCCUCGACAGAACAUAGCACUUUGCAGCGUAUAUU